UUGUUUGCCUCAUUCACGAACGAGCUGUACGCGCCGAAACUUCUUCUUACCUGCCCUCAUCUCGCGAAUUGUUCACUCUUUAACGAUUGCAUCCAGUGAGAUUGGAAGUGAUGAGAUACGGAAUGAAAAUUGUAUAGUUUUUUUUUUCUUCUUCUUCUAUUAUCUCCCCCUUUUGUGCAUCGAAGAUAGUGAGAAAAUCUGCAAUAAAAGUGAAGGAGAAAGAGUUUGAUUAGUGAUUGUUUUCCCAGCGUCUGGCUUUUCGCUCUAGUUUUCCAAUUUUCCAUAGGAGAAAAGCCCAGAGAGACAUUAUUAGUGAUGUGGAAAUUAAUUGGAAUAUGUGCGACACUCUAUGGAUUACUUCUCUUGGAUAUCACAAUUAAUGCGCAAAUCGACGGAUACGAGGAGGGCAUCGACUAUCCAGCCUACGACUCCAUUCCCAAGGAUUUGUCCUUCUCGUGCCAGAACCGAAUACCGGGAUAUUACGCGGACAUCGAGGCGCGAUGUCAAGUGUGGCAUUGGUGUGUGAACGGAGGCCAGCAUUACGCCUUCCUCUGUCCCAAUGGAACAGUCUUCAACCAAGCUUUCCGUGUCUGUGAUUGGUGGACGAGCGUCGAUUGUCCGGCUUCUGAGCAGCUGUACACGAACAACGAGGAAUUGUACAAAGACGCCGAGGGCAAUUUGAUAUGAGCGGCAGAAUCCAGAGAAACUGGUGGUGGUUCACAGAGGAAGUCUGCAAAGUAGAGUUGCAGAAGCAAACUUUGGGCGCGCAAUACCAACGAGUUUUCCAAAGACAUCCCAUCAAAUACUCCCGGAAAAUCUUCAGCAGUCCUGGCGAGAAAUCAGCAAGUCAGCAGUUACAAUUGGAAAUGGAGACACUCACGCAGUUCCACAAAUUCAUCUGAGAAUGGCCAUUUUGGGGGAUAAGAAGGCAUCAAUUUGACAUUGAGAAAAUUUAAUUCAAAGAAUUGGACACCCCAAUAUUUAUUCACAAAAUGUAAUUGUGUAUAAUCUUAUACUUUAUAUUAUAUUUAAAUUAUUUGAACAAGGCGAAUAUUUGUAAAUUGUAUGCGAGAAGGAAUUAAAACAUGUUUAGAAGACAAAUACGAAUUUCCAAAUUCCAAAAUUUUUAUGAGAAAUACAUUCAUGUAAUAUGUAUAAUUAAUAGGAUGAGCAAAUAGAAAGUAAAGGAAUUGUAAAUGCUAUUUUUCAUUAAAUUGAAAAAUAAAGAUUCCGAUAAUGUAUUUA